AUGGGAGACGGCUCUGACUAUCCUAGUCCACGAAGUGAGGGUCCCAACGGAGCCACUGCUGCCUCUGUCCUAGCCGCCUUGCCAGACUCCCUUUCCCCCAUCGCCAGAAUGAACGACCAAGCUCCCCUGAGCUAUAUGGAAGGGACGCGCCCGCGCCUCUCCGUCCGGCGAGCCAGAGAUCCCCCCAAGAACCCCGAGGGCCAGAUCUACUGCGACCACCCAGACUGCCAAACCUCGCCUCCGACCUUCCGCCGCCCAUGUGAAUGGAAUAAACACAUGGACAAACACGACCGCCCCUACAAAUGCUUUGAGCCCGGCUGCGACAAGAUCCAGGGCUUCACCUACUCCGGCGGCCUCCUGCGCCACCAGCGCGAGGUGCACAAGAAGAACACGGAUGCCAAGAAGCCGCUGAUGUGCCCGUACGCCGACUGCAACCGCAGCGCUGGCAAUGGAUUUACGCGUCAAGAGAACCUGCGCGAGCACCUCCGUCGCCGCCACAUGCACCCAGACGAUGGGUCCAUCGUCGUCGACAUGCCGUGGGAGCGCGGCAACGAUCUCGAGGGCGUGCGCGCCGCGUCUCUGCCAAACGCCGCCGGCAUCAAGCGGAAGCACUCCCCCGACGGACACCCGGGGCUGCCUGAGACGGAUGAGAACGGCGUCGAUUUGCACAACGAGCUGAAGCGGUUGCGCCGCGAAGUCCAGGAGAAGGAUCGUCGCCUGGAGGAGCUGGAGCGCAUCGUCUCCGGUCUCCAGCAGGCCAUGCCUCAGCCCGAGCCCGUGUCGCAGCCGGUGUCGCAACCUCUGGCCACCUCCGUCGCGCAGGCCGCUGCCUCUCACGUUUAG